CAUACUGACAUUCAUAUGGAAAAUAUUUGUUAUUUUUUAUUUCACUAUAUUAUUCUACCGUUAUGUGAACGAAAUAUUUCACAAAAAGUUUUUACUGCUAUAAAUAUUAGAAAAAAUUCUUUAUUGUGGAAAUGCCAAAAAUCAAGAAUACAAUAUUUUUCUUAUAAAAUAAGUACACCUUCUUUAAAAUAUUAUAGAUCAAAUGAUAUACAACAUACCGAUUCAUUGGUCAAAGAUGAAAGUCAUAAAUUAAUGACUCUUUGGCCGGAUAUUGUUCGUGAACUGACAGAAAAUAAUAAUCAAGAAUUACAAGAUGUUAACGAAUGGAUAGCAAAGAUAUUGGAAUAUAAUGUUCCGAAAGGAGGAAGACGAAGAUCAAUAUCACUUAUUGUUGCAUAUAAAUUGUUGGCAUCUCAAGAUCAACUAACAGAAGAAAAUACUCAUUUAGCUCGUAUUCUAGCUUGGUGUAUGGAAAUAUUGCAAGCAGUUUACAUAGUGAUGGAUGAUAUUGUAGAUCGUACAGACAUGCGACGAAAUCAACCAACUUGGCAUGUAAAAAUUGGAUUAUCUGCAGUUAAUGAUAUUUUAAUUAUGGAAACAUGUAUAUAUGAUCUUUUUAAGAAAUAUUUUAAAUCGAGAGAUUGUUAUGUAGAUAUUUUAAAUUUAUUUUCGAAAUAUCAUAAAAAAACAGUGCAAGGUGAAUGUCUAGAUAUAUUGACAUCGACUGAUUGGGGGAAAAAAUCAAAUCUUGAUCUUUUUUCUAUGGACCGCUACAAUAUUAUAGUAAAAUAUAAAACAUCUUAUUAUUCAUUUGUACUUCCAUUCGUUCUUGCUAUGCAUUUCGCUGGGAUAACCGAUCCAGAAAUAUAUAAGCAAGCAGAACAAAUUCUGCUAAAAAUAGGACAUCUUUUCCAAGUACGAGAUGAUUAUUUAGAUUGUUACGGUAAACGCGAUAUCAUAGGGAAAAGUGGAACUGAUAUACAAGAAGGAAAAUGUACGUGGCCCUUAGUAGUUGCAUUGCAGCACGCUACAGCUAAACAAAAAAAUGUUUUAAAAGAAUGCUAUGGAAUAACUGAUGAAGAAAAAGUAAAACGUGUGAAAGAAAUUUAUGAAGAGAUUGGUAUAUCAAAUAUUUAUUUUGAUUACGAAGAAGAAACGCAUGAUUUAUUGAAUACAUAUACACAACAAUUAUCUUCGAAACUUCCAACUGAAUACUUUUUAUAUUUACUCGCUACAUCAUGCAGUAAAGUAGGACAAAAAAAUUAAUCAAAAAUAAAUUAAGUUAUAAUAAAAAUUAAGAAGAUAAAUUUAUUAUCGUAUAAUUAUUAAAUAUAAAGUAUAUUUAUAUUAUUAGAAAUAUAAAUAAUAUCGAAAUAUAAAUAAUUCGAAAUUAAAAUUUAUUUUAAGUUUUUUGAUAUUUUGUUUGAUAUAUAAAAAAAUAUUUGUAACAAAAAAAUUUAUAAUAAAAAAUUAUCGAUAUUAAAUGUAAAAUGAAUAACGAUAAAAAUUUCGAAAAGAAUUUAUUUUUAGAACGAAACAAAAAUUAUUUUAUUUUUUGAAAUUUAUUUUAAUUAUAUUUUUUUUUCAUUAUAUUAGGAGAAAAUUAAGAUGAAUAAUAAAUAAUAAAUAUAUACAAUAUAUUUGUUAUAAUACUAAUAUAAUAAUGAUACUAAUAAAAUAUCUUCAUAAUAAGGAAGAUAUUUUAUUUGUUAUUCAGAUUAUUUAUGAACUAUGUAAAUAUAACAUAUUGUUCGAAAUUUGUGAUUUUAUCAUUAAUUUUUUCUUAUUUUCUUUGCUGGUUCUUUUCUUAGAAAUUAAUAACAUUUCAAAUAUUUAAUAAAAAAUGAGUUUUUAAUGAUGUUUUUAAUUCUUAUAGACUUGAUAUGUGAUGAUCAAGAUUCGCAAUUUUUAGUGAGAAAAAAAUAAUUUUGAAAAAAAUAUAUAACUAUGUAUUUAUAUAUAUAUAUAUAUAACUAUAUUUCAUGAAAAUUUUAUUUCAUUGUAAUAAACCAAUAAUCAAAAUUAUUAAUAUUGAAAGUUCUUCAAUUACACGAUUAAAUGAAUUUUAUAAUAGAGAGAUUCUUUUCAUAUUGAAUAUAAUUUUAAUUCUGAAAGUCUUGUAAUUUCAUAUAUAAAUGAAGUUUUCUUUAUCUAAUGAUUUUUGAAAAUAGUGACAUCACAUAUUGAAAAUUUAAACUCUUGUUUGAUAAAACAAGAUAUAUAGUACAAUUUUAUUUUAAUCAUUGAAUUAACGAAUCCGAUUCUUGGAUCAUAGAUGCAAUCCGCAGAUUAUAAUAGUUAAAUUUGGCAUAUAAAACGUGAAUUGCUAAAUUCUAUUUUAAUAUAAAAUGAUUUCUAAUCAUUAAGAAUAUGUAUUAGAGAAUUGUAAUGAUCAUUCGAUUUUAGAUAUAUAAAAAUAGUUUUAUUUUUAUAUCGAUUUCGUAUGCUUUUAUUAUUUAAAAUUAUUAAUAAUUUUUUUAAUAGUAAUUAAUAAUUAUUUAUCUAUAAAAAUAUUCAUUGGAAAAAUGAAAUAGAUUAUUAUGGAAAAUGAAACACAUUAUAAUAAAACUAUGAUAAUUGAAUCUAUAUUGUAGUAAUUAUAUAUAGUAAAUUAUAUAAAUUAUUUAUUUAUAAAAAACAACAAUACACAAAAAUAUUACAAUAAUAAUGAUAUUGUUAAUAUUAUAAUGAAUAUAAACUUUCGCGCAAUAUUAUGUAUUUUUGUCAAGCUGUCAAUUCAUUCUAAUAUUAUUUAAAGUACAUUUUUAAGAUUCAUAUAAAAAAGAACUUAUAUAAUAUGUGUAUUAUUCUUUAUUAUAUACCAAAAAGGUAUAUAAUAUUGCUGUAAACAUAUAAUAAAGAAAUAAUUUUACACUAA